AUUAAAAAAGUGAGGUUAGAUUAGUUAAAGUCACCUCAAAGUCACCCAAUUAAUAGUCAAAUUAUUCAAAUUAAACGCACUUUCUUAUCUAUUUUAUCACAGUGAUUGUGCAAAAACAUUCACUCUCUUCAGAUGGUCAGAAACGUCCUAAAAUUGUCCCAAAAAAUGUCGCAAGAAAUCGUUAACAAGUUCAAACUUCCGGGACGUUACGCUGGCAGCGAAAAAAGCGUGUGGGUCGAGUACAUCCAGUUGGCCAUGGAUUACAAACCGCUGAACUUGGGUCAGGGAUUCCCCGACUACCAAUCAGCGCCCAGUCACGUGACUGAAGCUUUAGCCAACGUUGCCAAAUCGCCCAAUUGUUUACUCCACCAAUACACGCGAGGUUUUGGGCAUCCCCGGCUCGUGUCCGCCAUUGCUAAACUUUACUCGCAUUUGAUUGGUCGUGAGAUUAAUCCGCACAGUGAGGUUUUGACAACUUUAGGAGCUUAUGAAGCUUUGUAUUCGACAAUUUUGGGACACGUGGAUGUGGGAGAUGAGGUUAUAAUAAUUGAGCCGUUCUUCGAUUGUUACGAACCGAUGGUCAAGUGUGCUGGGGGGAUUCCCCGGUUUAUUCCCUUGCGAUUGCGCCAAAACUUUACCGGGGAAUUACCGAGCUCUGGAGACUGGAUUUUGGACCAAAAUGAAUUGGAGGGGUUAUUUAAUGAUAAAACAAAGAUGAUUAUUGUAAAUACGCCCCAUAAUCCGUUGGGUAAAGUGUUCAAAAUGGCGGAGCUCGAAUUCAUAGCCAACUUAUGCAAAAAAUGGAACGUUUUGUGCAUUGCGGAUGAAGUUUACGAGUGGAUUGUUUACAAACCGAAUAAACAUAUCAGAAUUGCAACGCUGCCGGGAAUGUGGGAACGCACGAUUACGAUUGGCUCAGCCGGUAAGAGUUUCAGUGUCACGGGGUGGAAACUGGGUUGGGCCUAUGGCCCCGCCCACUUGAUGCUUAACCUACAAAUGAUUCACCAAAACUGUGUCUACACUGGUGUUACGCCAAUCCAAGAGGCCGUGGCUAUGAGUUUUGAGAAAGAGAUAGAGCGAUUAGAUAAGGACGAGUGUUAUUUUAAAUCGAUUUCGUGCGAAUUGCUCGCGAAACGUGAUUUUACAGCGAAAUUUUUAUGCGAGGUUGGAAUGAAGCCGACGAUUCCCGAAGGCGGGUAUUUCAUGGUUGCUGAUUGGUCGCCGCUAGAAUCCAAAGUGGAUCUAGCGUCCGAAAGUGAUAAAUACAAGGAUUAUCGCUUUACGAAAUGGAUGACGAAAAAUAUAGGUUUACAGGGGAUUCCCCCAACGGCUUUUUACAGCGAGAAGCAUAAAAAUCUAGCCGAGAAUUUUGUGCGAUAUUGUUACUUUAAAAAAGAUGAGAAUUUACAAAAAGCCGCCGAAAUUUUGCAUAAUUGGAAGUGUGGGAAGAAAUAAUUUGUGAGGUAAAUAAUUUGUAAAUAAAGAAAUAUUUUUCGAGUG